GCGGCGGCGGCCGGGGGUGCUGUGCGCGUGCGCCGCUGACUCUAUAUCAGGGGCUGGCGGCGCCUGCGCGCAGAGAGGCAGGCGGCGGGCUGGCGCGGGAGCCAUGUCUCGCUACGGUCGCUAUGGAGGCGAGACCAAGGUGUACGUGGGGAACCUGGGCACCGGCGCCGGCAAGGGCGAGCUGGAGCGAGCCUUCAGCUACUACGGCCCGCUGCGCACGGUGUGGAUCGCGCGGAACCCGCCGGGCUUCGCCUUCGUGGAGUUCGAGGACCCGAGAGACGCGGAGGACGCGGUGCUCGGGCUGGACGGAAAGGUGCUGUGCGGCUCGCGGGUGAGGGUGGAGCUGUCGACGGGCAUGCCCCGCCGCUCCCGCUACGACCGGCCCCCCGCGCGGCGCCCCUUUGAUCCCAACGACCGGUGCUACGAGUGCGGCGAUAAGGGCCAUUAUGCUUACGACUGUCACCGCUAUAGUCGUCGGCGGAGGAGCAGGUCACGGUCUAGAUCUCAUUCAAGGUCCAGAGGAAGAAGGUAUUCUCGGUCACGCAGCCGAAGCCGUGGUAGGAGAUCCAGGUCAGCUUCCCUUCGCAGAUCCAGGUCUGUGUCGCCUCGUAGAUCUAGAUCGGCCUCACCCCGUAGAUCCCGAUCACGUUCUUUAAAAAGAUCAAGGUCUAGAUCAAGAUCCAGAUCCAGAUCUGCUUUAUGGCCACGAAGCAGCCGAUCAAAGUCCAGAUCACCAUCUCCAAAGAGAAGUCGUUCACCAUCAGGAAGCCCUCGAAGGAGGAGUGCAAGUCCUGUAAGAAUGGACUGAAAUUUCAAAGUUAACCUUUUAGGAAGAAAGUUAUUUUGUUUACCUUGUUAUAAGGGAUUUUGUGUCUGAUGUAAAUGUAAGGGCUUAGUCCUAGAAGGGUAUUUCAAUCAAAUAACAAUUGGCCUGGAUCGGGAUCUUCUAAAUUGUGACAUCACAUUAGUAGAUUAGUGCGCAACUUUUUUUGUUGUAUGCAUUUGCAUCCUGUGAUCUGAAAAUGUGGGACUUUUUUUAUUGUCACAUAGAAAUAAAAUGUGUAUUUCUAACUAAAAA